AUAAAUGACUUUUUUUAACUUAAUUAUUUAAAUUUAAUAUAGACAUAAUUUAAAUUUAUAACUAGUAUUGUGUUUUAUGCUUCAAUUUUUAACCUAUAAUGCUAUGCUAUAGAGAUUUUGAUGGGCAGAAAUUGAUCGUUGUUGUUCUGCACUUGAAGAGGGGAGGGUCAGCGCCGGCUGCAUCUCCCAAGUUACCGCCAGGUUCUGUAGCUAAGCCCCCAGUUGCACCAAAUCCAAAAUCUCCAGCGCCAGGGGUGUCCCCUGUUUCACAUUCCCCUGGGGCAAACCCACCUAAGACAUCUCCAGCUCCAGUGGGGUCCCCUGUUUCUCAUUCUCCGGGGGCCAAACCACCAACUACCUUCUCCCCAGGACCGUCAGGCUCAUCGGGAGUAUUUCCAGCGCCAGGGGUGUCCCCGGUUUCACAUUCCCCUGGGGCAAACCCACCUUCUAAGGCAUCUCCAGCUCCAGUGGGGUCCCCUGUUUCUCAUUCUCCGGGGGCCAAACCACCCUCUACAUUCUCCCCAGGACCGUCAGGUUCACCGGGAGUAUUUCCAGCGCCAGGGGUGUCCCCUGUUUCUCAUUCCCCAGGGGCGAACCCACCUUCAACAUCAUCUACAGUGCCGGUCGGGUCCCCUUCUUCUCAUUAUCCGGUGGCCAAACCUCCGUCUGCAUACUCCCCAGGACCGUCAGGUUCCCCAGGAACAUUUCCAGCACCAGGCAUCUCCCCAGCAUCUCAUUCCCCUGUGGCCAAACCACCUUCUACGUCAUCUUCAGGGCCAGUGGGGUCCCCUUCUAAUUCUCCGGUAGCCAAACCUCCGUCUACAUCAUCCUUAGCACCUUCAGGUUCCCCAGGAACAUCUCCGUCCUCUUUAGCACCAGCAAUGUCACCAGGGUCCCUGUCUCAGCCUCCUCUGGCUCAAACCCCUGGGGCUUCAACCUCACCACCGGCAUUGACUCCUGGUUCAUCUCUGUCUCCAGCUGCAAACUCUCCUGAAGGGUCUACUUCCGUGCCAGCAUCUUCACCAUCAGGAAGUUCUGUUCAGGGUCCAUCUCCGGCAGGGUCUUCCCUUCCGCCUUCCCAGGAAGGCUCUCCUGCACCAGCUACUGCACCAGAAGGAUCUCAGUCGCCAUCAGGGAGUGUCAGUGGUACUCCGGCAAAUGAGGUGUCGCCCUCUCCCCCACCGAUCAAGUCAUCAACAACCGUAACUCAAUCAAGCUGGAUAGCAUUAGCAGUUGGUAUUAUCCUCAGUUUAAUGUUGAGAAUAUAGCUUAAUUUAGUUUAUGGGUGAUUUUAGAAACAUUGAAUAAUAAGUUUAUCAUGUUACAUAUUUUGAUAUUAAUUUAGAGUAAUAAUUUUUUUUAUUUUCU